UUUGAAUCGCAUAGUGCUCCACCACAGCACAACGCUGAUGGUGCGCGUUGCCGUUAAUCUCUGUAAUGUAGUGCUGUAAAGACUAAAAACGUUUCCACCGCUUCGGCAAAAAAAAGCUCAUAGAGCACGUAAUUCAUUGAACUUGCUAUCAGAUAAAUGUGUAAAAAUACAACUGAAAGAGUUAAGGCACGUUUUGGAUAAACAUUAUGGAGACGCCUGGUGAAUUAAAUAGUAUAUCUUUGUAGCAGUGCCAGAGGUUAGACGCAAUCGAAAUCACCGCCAGUGAUGAUCGUCGCUGCGGAUCGCCGACCGGCAGUUUCAUGUUUCGACCGGCCGAUCUAUUCUCGUUCACAACUUUGCUGGUUUUUUGACGAGAAGAUGUCACCUGCUGCCUGCGAGGAAGCACCCUUGUUUACUAUGACGAAAUCGAAUAUACACAGCUUGGCGUCAUAAAUUAAGUGAAACUCAGAUAUCCCACAGUUCACGGCGGGACACUAGGGUGAACAGACGACCUAUUGGAGCGGGUGCGCGUCAGUAUUCGACCGGCGCUAGAAAGACAGUUUAGUGGAAUUCAGAUUAUAUAAUUUGUGAAAAGAUAAAUAAGGAUACUUGAUCCAGCGAGAUUGUACGAUAGUCCACACAACAACGAGGUCAGGACAAUGCAUUUUACACUGAUUCAAUAUUUACUGACAGCAUUGGUUGCAUUUGGCUCUACGGCAAGAUGCUCCAAGAUUCUAGUACUUGUUCCCUUCCCGGCUCCCAGCCACUGGCUUUGGUUGGAACACUUUGUCCAGGAGCUGCUGGACCGGGAGCAUGAAGUGACGGCCAUCACCAACUUUGCUGCCAGCGAACAACACCCCAACUACACGGAGAUCCUGAUCGACCCACCCUUUGAUAUGCCGUACUACUUUCCAAUAUCGGAUAUAUUUGAGGCGAAGUAUAGCAGCGAUAUCUCCAAUCUGUUUCUCUACUGGAACGUGGGGCUAUCGACCACUAAGUACGCGUUACAGAACCCGAAUGUUCAGCAGUUCAUCGAACAGGAUGACAGCACAUUUGAUCUUGUGAUUUCGGAGCAGUUUUUCCAAGAAGCAUUUCUGAUGUUUGCGCAUAAAUACCGUGCACCAAUUGUAACUAUAGGAACACUAGGUUAUUCUGAUUUUAUGGAUCGAGCAAUGGGCUUGAUGACGCCGUGGUCAUUUGUUCCUCAUCCUAUACUGCUGUACAUGGAUGACAUGAGCUUCAGUCAGCGAUGCUAUAACUUUCUCAUUUCAGCAGCCGACGCUGUGAUACGUAAAUAUUACUACCUUCCUAGGCAGGAUAUGCUUGCCAAAGAAUAUUUCUCUUCUAUCGAAGGACCAGAAUCGUUCACCUCGGUUUACGAGUUGGAAAAAUCGAUUUCCGUGAUGCUGAUCAACAGUCACACCGCCAUGUCCCUUCCCAGGCCGUCAAUCACCGGUUUAGUUAAUGUAGCCGGUGCUCAUAUCAAACCAGCCAACUCUCUUCCGAGAGACAUUUUGAAGUUCCUCAACACCGCAAGCGAAGGAGUAAUUUUCUUUAGCCUAGGAUCUUACGUUAAGAGUGUCGACAUGCCAAAAGACAAACUGAAAGCAUUUUUUGAGGUGUUUCGGAACAUAAAACAGAAAGUGCUGUGGAAGUUUGAGGAUGAAACUAUGGCAAAUGUUCCUAAAAAUGUGAUGGUCCGGAAAUGGUUGCCACAAAGUGAUAUAUUAGCUCAUCCCAACGUAGUUUUAUUCAUCACUCAUGGGGGAAUGUUCGGUACCCAGGAGGGCGUUUACCGCGGUGUUCCAAUGCUAUUCAUUCCAUUUUACGGAGACCAACAUCGAAAUGCUUUGAAGGCGGAACGUUCUGGCUAUGCUCUUUCGCUGAGCUUCGCGGAUGUCAACGUCAUUACACUUGGUUCUAGGAUCAAUGAAUUACUUACGAACCCGGCUUUUGCGCGGUCAGCGAAAAAAGCAUCUGAGUUAUUCCGCGAUAAUCUGGUACCUCCUAUGGAUGAAGCCAUGUACUGGAUUGAAUAUGUGAUCCGUCACAAAGGCGCCAAGCAUCUCAAAUCCAUCUCGGUCGACCUUAACUGGAUGCAAUACUUAAUGUUAGAUGUGGUUGCAUUUUUCACUCUAGUAAUUGGUCUAAUAAUUGUGGUUAGCUGUAGAAUUCUGGCAGCAUUUUCAUCAAAGCCAACAAAACAAAACACCAAAGAGAAUAGAAAACAAGUUACCUCAACGAAAACAAAAAACCACAGAAAGUUCAAAGAAAUAUAGCUGAUUUAGCCGAGUUUAUAUGUAACAAUACAAA